UUAGGACGUUACGUCAUCGCGGUCCGUCCGCCGACCACCACUAUUCAACUCUUCUCUACUCUCUACUCUCUAGUCCACUCGUCAGUCAUUCACCCGCUUCCAUCGCUCUACAGUUUAUUGGGCGGCGCUGACUCUUCGCAGUGUUUUGGUCCCUCGUCCGAUUUUUGAUUUCCUGUAAUAACUAAUAAAAACAAUUAAAUAACAGCGCGCCCACACCCACUGAACAUAAUAAUAAUUUUAUAUGAUCAUAUGAUCGUUUCGAGUGUACAAAAUCUGUGGAAAUUGUGCGCCGGAGUACGUCGCUUAUCGACCACAGGUCCCAUUCGUAUGGCAGAUUCGAGUGUUGCACAGUUGAGGGUCUCGUAUAGAGACAAGGGUGAUGUCUUGCUCGAAGAUAAUUUGGAAUCGAAAAAUCCACAUCAGAUGUUUUCUAUAUGGUUCAAAAAAGCUUCGGAGCGCGACGACGUGAGACAGCCCAACGCUGCUUGUUUGGCUACGGCUACCAAGUCUGGUAUUCCGUCGGCUAGAUUUGUUUUACUUAAAGCUUUCGGCGAAUCGGGUUACACGUUUUUUACAAAUUCAGAGAGCCGCAAGGGCCGAGAAAUCGAAGAAAACCCGGUAGCAGCCUUGACGAUAUAUUGGGACGCGUUGGACCGAUCGGUACGAAUUGAAGGAGCUGUUGAGAAAAUCGAUGAAACUGAGUCCACUGAAUAUUUCGAUACAAGACCGAGAAGCAGCCAAAUCGGUGCUCAUGUGAGUCGGCAGAGCACAGUAAUAAGCAGCAGAGAAUCUCUUUCCAAACAAAAUGAAAAGCUCGAAGUUGAGUUCGCCGGAAAACAAGUGCCCAGACCGUCUUAUUGGAACGGCUACAAAAUAAUUCCCAAAACGAUGGAAUUUUGGCAAGGGCAGAGUGACAGGCUGCACGAUCGCAUCGUCUUCGAAAGAGCCGAGGACGCGGCCGAAAAGCAAAUCGCGAGUCACGCCGGCGAAAACGGUUGGGUAUUUUACCGUCUCUCGCCGUAACGUUGCGUCGUAUGUACAUAUACCAUCUAUACAUAUCGUGUGUCGACAUAAAUGUAUUAUAACAAUAAGAACGCAAGUUUCCAAUAAAUUGUGGUUUUUUUUUUUUGUAAUAGAUAUUUAUUAUGUACUGAUAUACCUAUAGUAUGAUAGAUUGAUUGAUAUUAAAUAAUAAUUAUAAUGAAAAAAAUCAAACUACAAAAUAUACUCACUAUAAAAUAUAGGUAUUAUGUUUAUAGAAUAAAUUUUCAAAUUUUCCGAAUGUUUAUCAUUGAGACUUAUUUUUUGUCAUCACAAAAUAUGCAAGUUCAAUAUUGGAAAUUGAGUUUUUUGAAGGGUAAAUUGUAAAAUAUAGUAACGGAAAAUAUUAAAUUUAUAUGCGGAAUCAAAAUUUUAUUUUUGUAUGCGAUCCCAGAUAAAACUUUGUAGUCAAUAGUUUUACGAUUGAUAUCAUAAUAUAUAAUUAGCUUUCAUCCCGUUGAGUCCGUAGGCGGUAAUUAGCCCCCCCCCCC